AGAGAGCUGUUAUAUUUGUGCCUGCUACAGUUGGAAAUAACAGUUCAGAAGCUGAAAAGGGUUGAAUGGAUUUACAGAAGGUUAUUUUUUGCAAGUAAAUUCAUGGCAACACAUUAAUUUGAUUAGUAAAUGCUUUAGAAUUACUUUACACUCAAGCGAUUCAAAAGAUGUUAAAGUUAUCACCAGGCUGCUGGACAAAUAUGUGUUACACCACCAAGGUACAGAUCAAGACAAAUCUGUGACUCAGGAUUUUAUCUUGGGAAGAGCGCAAGGUGUACGAAGAACUCAGAAUAACGAGGGAAGAUAACUCUGGGAACUACAAUGUGUCAGAAGAACAUCUCUUGCUAAUACAGCUCCCCACCAAAGACCUGGUUAUCUAAGGUUUAUAUAGGAAUGCCUAGGUCAGCUGACAAAAUACUGGUCUUCUGCUCCAUAAAUGCAGAAAAAACGAUAACAACAGUGGAAAAUUGGAAGUCUGAAUUUCAGCUUUCUUAGAAAUAACUGCAACCUGACACAUUCCAUAAUAUUUAAACAGGGUGGGGGGAGAGGAAUCACCAAAGAUGUUACGAUGUUAUGUUUAGAGAUGACAUUGACAUGAAAAAUAGGUAAAUUUUGUUUUUCAACUACUGGGAAAGCAGACCUCAUAGGAACUCAGAACAAGUAGGAGCAAAGUUGUCGGUUUUUUUUUUCCUUGUUCUUUUUCUUUUCAAAGAUGAACCUAACUGCGCUCAAAACUUUCGUGGGCUUGCUCUGGAAUUGCUGGGUUCUGGUGGGUCACGCACAGGGAGGUUUAGGAGACAAUCAUGUCCAUUCAAGUUUUAUUUACAGGAGGCUGCGGAACCAUGAGAGAAGGGAGAUUCAGAGAGAGAUUCUCUCUAUCCUGGGUUUACCUCACAGACCCAGACCAUUUUCACCAGGAAAGCAGGCUUCUUCUGCACCCCUCUUCAUGCUGGACCUGUAUAAUGCCAUGACAAAUGAAGAGGAUUCUGAGGAGCUGGAGUAUUCACUAAAGGGAUCAAUGGCAGGGGAGAGCAGAGGGAUACGAAAAGGAUACCCUGCCUCUCCAAAUGGAUAUUCGCGGAGAAUACAAUUGUCUCGCAUGACCCCCCUGACCACACAGAAUCCUCCCUUAGCCAGCGUGCACGACACCAACUUUCUGAAUGAUGCUGACAUGGUCAUGAGCUUUGUCAAUUUAGUUGAAAGGGACAAGGAUUUCUCCCACCACCGAAGGCACUACAAAGAAUUUCGCUUUGACCUUACUCAGAUCCCUCACGGAGAGGCAGUGACGGCAGCCGAAUUCCGGAUAUACAAAGAUCGGAGCAACAGCCGCUUUGAGAAUGAAACCAUUCAGAUUAGCAUAUAUCAGAUCAUCAAGGAGUAUCCCAACAGGGAUGCAGACUUGUUCCUGUUAGACACAAGAAAGGCUCAAGCUUCUGACGUGGGCUGGUUUGUCUUUGACAUUACUGCAACCAGCAAUCACUGGGUCAUUAAUCCACAGAACAACCUGGGCUUGCAACUCUGUGCUGAAACUGGGGACGGUCGAAGUAUCAAUGUUAAAUCUGCUGGCCUGGUUGGAAGACAUGGGCCUCAGUCAAAGCAACCAUUCAUGGUUGCAUUCUUCAAGGCAAGUGAAGUGCUUUUCCGUUCUGUCCGAGCAGCCAACAAUAAAAGGAAAAACCAGAGCCGCAACAAAUCCAGUAGUCAACAGGAGUCCUCUAGGAUGCCAAGCAUUGGGGAUUAUAACACAAGCGAGCAAAAGCAAGCAUGUAAGAAACAUGAACUUUAUGUGAGUUUCCGAGACUUAGGAUGGCAGGAUUGGAUUAUUGCACCGGAGGGCUAUGCUGCGUUUUACUGUGAUGGAGAGUGUUCUUUCCCCCUCAAUGCCCACAUGAAUGCAACAAACCAUGCCAUUGUUCAGACUCUGGUUCACUUGAUGUUCCCUGAUCACGUACCAAAGCCAUGCUGUGCACCAACAAAACUGAACGCAAUCUCCGUGCUCUACUUUGAUGACAGUUCCAAUGUUAUUUUAAAAAAAUACAGGAAUAUGGUGGUGCGUUCAUGUGGCUGCCACUAAAAUAAAAAAAUAAUCUAAAGCAGAGGGUUUUAUUCAAAAUUGUAAUAAAGUCAAGAUAUGAGCCUUGCUGAUGAAAAGGCAGGCCUAAAUUUA